AACAAUAGUGGGGAUAUGAGAAAUGCGCACUUCGGUUUCGAUAGAUAUAGUGGUGGUAGUAUAGUUCUAUUUAAAUUGCCACAUUUCCCAGUAACUUCAUUCAUAUCUAUCUUACACUUUCAAGUUCAAGCACUCUAUUUGUCGAUAAUUCUCGAAAGUUAUUAUUUACACGAAAAAAAUGUCUGCUUUGAAGUCAAUCCUAUUUUUAAUGUUUCUGGCAAUAAUUUCUUUUGCGAUUGUUCCCUCUGCCAUGGGUUGUAUCGGCCGUGGAUCACAAUGCAGAGAAACCGGACAAGGGGGACUGUGUUGCCGUGGAACAUAUUGUCAUCGAGAACCAGGACGGGUUUGGGGAAACUGUAGGCGUUAACUAGAUUUUAAGAGAAUUAAAAUCCUAAUUAACUAAUCUUUAACCAUUAAUGCCUUAAAAAAAAGUAAAAUAAAAUAUGUCAUAUUUUCAAAAUGUACGAUAACUAAUAAGUUCAUUUUUAUUUCUAAAUUAAAAAUAAAAUUACCAUUACGGAUGAA